AAAACAUUUAAGUAACUAUGUAGCUGUUUAGACUUUUUUUUAUUACCUGAAUUCAAUCAGACUGGAAUAAACCUAUAAUUGACUAAACAACAAUUAAAAAAUACAAGUGACUCAAUGUGUAGGAGUUUACAGUACUCAUAUUUAUUGGUUAUAAAACUUAAGGCCAUUGGUUCGAACAGUUUGAGAUAGCUUGAUUUUCACAGCGAAUAAGACAGGAAGUGGAAACACGUUGUGGUUUAAUGUCUCUGCACUGAAAGGAAAUCUGCAGUUUGAUUGAUGCUUUUACAGACGAAAGACAAUGGAGAAGAUCAUGCUCUUUUGUGUUUUUUCAUACUUGAUUGUUCAGAUCAGCUCCAGCGAACAUAAUGUGACUCUGUUAAGAUUCCGGCAGAAUGAAAGCAUCACUCUGAACUGCAGCAUAAAAGAACAAUUCACCUACAGAUUCAGAAUGGCCUGGUAUCACCAGAAUCCUGAAUCUGUACGACUAACACUGCUGCUGUCUGCCAACUAUAAAAGCAUUCUAAGCUAUCAAAGACAUCGCAUAUUUGCAAAAAUAGGGGACAAUCUAUCCUCGCUAGUUAUUUCUAGACUAAAUGAGGCAGAUUCAGGUCUUUAUUUCUGUGGAACACCAAAGGAUUCAGACAUGCAGUUUAUGCAGUUUAUGCACUUCAACAAACCCAUCAGACUAGUGAUGGAGGACGGGCUGACAGACAUAGAAGAAAAAGAGGAUGAUGAGAUCACAGCCUCUACAGUGGAGGUGAUGCUGACGGAGCGUGUGAUGGUGUUCGGUGGUGUUGGUCUGGCUGUCUUUCAGUUUUUUCUGGUUACAGUCGUUGCAGGAGGAAUCAUUCACUGUUACGGUUGGCAGAAAGGAUGGGCCGCAGCUAAACGUGCUGGUGUGACUGAUUAAAAAAAUAACUGAAUUUGUGUGCUUUAUUUUU